GGUCGAAUUGCCGAAUCGCGAUUGAUCGAUUCUCGACGUGGUUUGCAAAUACGACUUGCGACCAUUUCCCGACCAUUGUGGAUUCGUCAUAAAUUAGCUUUACGUGUGCGGCGCACACGCAUAUUUGUCUGUUGACAAAAAUUCAAAUUUAAAACUCGUCGUUACGUUAGUGAUUGAAAUAAAGUUUAUUGGUGUUUCUCAUGUUUUUAUCGCAUCUUUUUUCAUGUUACUUGUACUACCUUACAACAAAAUAAAGAAAAGAAAAUUUAUGCGAUAACCAAACCGAGUUUUGUUCGAACGAUAUAUCGUAGUUUUUGAUGUAGAGAUUGUCAACAAAAAGCCUGUUCACACAUUGGUUACGUUACGUGAAUUACGUUGAUUAAUGUGUGUUUAUUAGGACAAUUAAAAAGGACUGAAGACACGCAAACUGAGAAAAGAGAAUAUUCAGUUAAGUAUAAAAUUAAACUGUAACUAUGAGUAAAGAGGAGAACGAGGUUAUCUUGGAAAAAAUACUCGACGGACAACUUCAAAAGAUGACAUCACUUAAGAAAACUACAUUAUUGUUACAAUGUAAACAUGAGAUAAAGGAUGAUCUUCAAGAACUGCACACUGUUGUAUGUCAGGUCUCGAAAGAUGUUGAGGACAUGCGAAACAUUUUGACAAGAAUCAAGGAACAAAAUGCUCAUUUGAAAAAAUUAUCUUCGUUACUUGAAACUUUGGAUAGAAAAAUAGUACACCGAACACAAAAUAUUCCAAUAAACCUCAUACAGGACUACCAAAGUGUGAAGAAGAAAGAAAAAAGUUUCAAUUUAUUGUCUCCUAAUAUAUUAGAAUACAGUUUAAAUUCAAUUGAGUUAUCAACUCAGUCAAAGACAUCUGGCAGCGUUAGAUUGAAAAACAGUGAAAUAGAGAAUUGUAAAAGGGUACUUUCGUACGAACCAGAUAUCUGCUUGACAAUCCCUCUUAUUACCGCAGAAGAAUUCAGUAAAAUACCCAAGUACAUGAUUGGCAGACAAACACUGGAAACAAUUAAUGGUUUGAUAAAUGGCAUCAAUCAAACAUUAAUUGCAAAAUAUACGAUCUUGUUGUCAGGAAAAGUUGCUGCCCAAAAAAAGGGCGAAAUUAAUUUGUAUCUGCAAUAUAAGAAGCAGGAAUAUGAAAUGAAGGGAGAGAAUGGAUAUCUCUAUUUUUUCACAGCUGAAGAUUAUUACAGGAAAACAAAAACAAAGCUCGACAAGACCAAAUUGAAUUUAAUUACCGCUUUGCGUCACUGCAAACGUUUACGUGACUGCAGGAUAAAAAAUGAAUCACGAUAUGUUAUAACAUCACAGUAAUUUUGAACAGCAUACGUGUACAUAGAAAUUUGUAAUAUAGUAUAUAUCGAAAUAAAAAAUCACUUAAUAGCUUAUAUAUUAUUAUCGCUAACAUGAUUAUAUAUGAAUUGUGAUAUUGUACUUUUUAUAUUGCUUGUGGGUUUUCUUCAUAGAGUUUUUGAAAUAUA